AUGAUCCAAUAUUAUAAGGCGUGGCUUCAGUUCUCCAAUAAUAGUCUUCAGUUUGUUAUCAAAUCCCAUGGACUCGAGCAGUGCUUUCCAAACGCCGUUCAUCGCAAACACACUGGUGGUCGAUACCACUGUGUGUUUGCGGUGACCAAUGAGUGGAAGUCACGGCUCGAGUCCAUUGGGUUUGAGGUGAAACUCAUGGGACAACCGGUGGCCGGGGAUGUAGUGGCGACUGAUUCAGCCGAUAGUAACGUGGCUGUGGCCGAGGAAUCGGGCGUUUUUGAAAACACCACUCCAUUGGAAAUGACUAUUCGUGUUAACGAUUGGAUUGUAAACUUGGGUCUCAAAGAGAUGAUACAAACGGAUCCAUUGGUUAAGGCUAUUAUAGAGGACCUAAAGCCUGAUUUGGAGUGGGAGCCAUUGUCAUUAAACUACGGUUACCCGGAUAACAUACUCCCACCAGCAUUCUUAGGAUUGCCGACAAAUAGUGAGACAGAAGUGAAGAAGAAAUACAGACAUCAAGUUUGGGAAAGAAGUCGUGAAAUGUGGUAUAAAUAUAGGGAUCAAUUGGUUUCCAUGGGAUGUCUCAAACUUCAAGAAUUCCUAAUCUGGACCCCUUCCCCAUAGGCUAACAUUUAUAUGACUCCUAAGGAAUUGGAUUAUACGGAUGUCAGACCACUUCCCGACAAUUUCUAUGCAUUUGGUAAAUUUUAAACCA